AUGGUGAACUCCGACCCUGAGCACCCCCCGGGCGAGCCCGCUCCUGAGAUCUUGGAGGAGCGCAUCUGGAUCGAUGGCUGCUUCGACUUUUUCCACCACGGCCAUGCCGGAGCCAUCGUGCAGGCCCGCCAGCUGGGUAGCGAGCUGUACAUCGGCGUUCACUCCGACGAGUCCAUCCUCGAGAACAAGGGCCCGACAGUCAUGAACCUGCAGGAGCGCCUGGCCGCCGUCGACGCCUGCCGCUGGGUCACAAAGUCGAUCGGCCGGGCCCCCUACGUCACGCAGCUCGAGUGGAUCAGCCACUACGGCUGCAAGUACGUCGUGCACGGCGACGACAUCACCUCGGACGCCGAAGGCUACGACUGCUACCGCUUCGUCAAGGAGGCCGGCCGCUUCAAGGUCGUCAAGCGCACCCCGAGCAUCUCCACCACCGACCUCGUCGGCCGCAUGCUCCUGUGCACAAAGACCCACUUCAUCAAGUCCCUCGAGCGCCAGCUGGCCGGCGAGGAGGGCGAGGGCACCUCCAAGGCCGAGAUCAAGGCCAACGCCGACGCCAUGACCGAGCGCAUGAAGCUCUACGCCACCGACGAGACGGGCAAGAACCCCGGCGUCGAAGUCUGGUUCUGGUCCGCGUCUGACGAGGCCAAGGCUGAGGCCGCCAACGAGGAGAAAGGCGACUUCCGACGCUUCUUGCCGGGCAAGGGCCCGAAGCUCGGCCAGCGCGUCGUCUACGUCGACGGCGGCUUCGACCUGUUCUCGAGCGGGCACAUUGAGUUCCUCCGCCGCGUGGUCGAGGCCGAGGAGGAGCAGGCCCGCAAGGAGGGGUGGUACUCGGAGCAGGCCGUAAACGAGCGCGUCGGCAAGGGCGGCGACUACCCGCCCGCCUACGUUGUGGCCGGCAUCCACUCGGAUGAGGAGAUCAACCACUGGAAGGGCAUCAACUACCCCAUCAUGAACAUUUACGAGCGUGGGCUGUGCGUGUUGCAGUGCAGGUACGUUGAUGCCGUCGUCUUCGGCGCGCCCUUCUCACCAACAAGGGCCUACCUCACGGCGCUGCCAUGGGGCACCCCGGAUGCCGUGUACCACGGCCCCACGUCCUUUAUGCCGCUGACGUACGACCCGUACACGGCGCCCAAGGAGAUGGGCAUCAUGCGCGAGGUGGGCGAGCACGAGUUCGCCAGCGUCAACGCCGGCACCAUCGUGCAGCGCAUCAUGAAGAGCCGCGACAUGUACGAGGAGCGGCAGCGCAAGAAGGGCAUCAAGGCCGAGGGGGAGACGGCGGCGCGGGACCGCGAGCUGCUCGAGGAGGAGCAGGCGAGGCGGGAGGCUGAAAGGGCGCGCAAGUAA